AUGAGUGUCAAGAAAGCAGGGUAUUCGGUUACUACUGAAGGAUUAAAAAUGAGUGUCAGGAAAACAAAGGAUUCGGUUAAAGAAGAAUUACAAGACAUUUUACCUGACCAUAAUGGGCCCAAUUCAAAUAUUCGCUUAGAAGUCGAUGGUAUUCAGCAGUUCGUUACCUUCGUAGCUGCUGUUUCCGAAGUCGGUCCAAUUGUUCAAACUUGUAGUGUACUAGUUCGUGAAAUUAUCGACCUUGUCGAGAGAGCAGAGCACAAUACGAAAACGUGUCGUAGGCUGAAGGAUCAUAUAGUUGUGGCAAACCAAACUCUUGAGAGGAAAGUUCGUGGGGUUCAAAUUGGGAACGACAGUUAUCUUGCUUUACAAAAGUAUAAAGAUGCACUCGUGGAGUCUAAAUCUUUUAUAAUUAAAAUAAGUGAUACUAACUGGUUUUUGAAACUGAUAUCAGCUAAAGAGAUAGAAUGGAAAUUUGCUGAUUUGACUCAGAAUCUAAACACCGCAAUCGCCCAGCUGGGACUGGAACAAAUUGUGCGAACUCGUCAAGACAUGGAGGAGGACUCGAAAAUAUUCAGGGAAGAAAGCAAAGCAACAUAUGCAACAAUUGAAGCUGCCAUGAAAAAUAUUUUCGACAGGGGAGAAAUCCGAAAAAUGCGGUAUAUUGCUAGAGAUGUGGCUCAAAAAGAAAUUGGUGAUAUUGCUGCAUUGAAUGAAAAACCAGAGACUAUUGAAAGACAAGUGGCGAUUCUUACUGAGUUAAAGGAUUGUGAAUAUAUAAUCAGAUUUCAUGGAACAAUGCAACGCGAUGGACGUUUGUAUAUUAUCUCGGAAUGGGCCGAGGUCGGAGAUUUAAAUAACUAUCUGAAAAAUAAUCCUGGCCUUCCUUGGUCAUUCAAAAUCAGAAUCGCCUCGGAAGUUGCGAAUGGAUUGAAUUUAGUCGCAAAACUCAGCAACUUCAGCUCAAGUCGUAAGGAGGCUGAUGCCUCCUUAAAUUCAAAUCAUUUUAAAGAUCUCGCUAAUCAAUACAAGUGGUUAGCUCCAGAAAAGCUUCGCGGACAUAAAGUACCUUACACUAAACAAUGUGAUAUAUAUAGUUUCUCGAUUGUUUUAUGGGAGCUUGCAUCCCAGGAAACGCCUUUCCAAGAGUAUACAACAAUAAAUAAAUUAAUUGAUGCGGUCGUGUCAGGAACUCGACCGCCACUUAUAGAAGGUACACCAACAUCAUUCGAAAAAAUGAUGCAAAAAGGAUGGAAAGAUAAACCGAUAAAAAGACCGACAGCUUGGACUAUGUUCAAAGAAUUGAAUAACCUUAAUAAACAAGUAAAUUCCAUGCGACAUCUUAGAGGAUCAUCGUUUGAUCGACAGUCUUUUUCUUUUUCUUCCGAAGCAACAGAAAUACCUCCUGAAGACGAAGAUUCGAGACAAAUAAGAAUCGAUUUACUUCAAAUUGGUUCCCAGACAGCAAAAAAAUUUCAACAAACUGAUAUUGAUCCCCGAACAGUCGAUGUAUCAUACGCAAAAAAGCUUCAUCAACAAAAAGAAUAUGCACAAGCUUGGCCUAUCUUUAAAAGUUUCGCAGAACAGGGUGAUCCUAUCGCGGAAUUUUAUGUCGGUUAUUACUUGAUUGCCGGUGAUCGCGGUGUACCUCAAAACAAAGAACUGGCAGUCGAAUAUUUUCGUCGUUCUGCAGAAAAGGGAAUUGCUGAUGCACAGUUCAGAUACGGUGUUGCGCUACUAUGUGGUGAAGGCGUUGAGAAAAAUUCGAAUAAUGAUCGGAUUGCAAUUGAAAAUCUGAGGAAAUCAGCUCAGAAUGGUAAUCGAAAUGCGAUGUACAACUAUGGAGACCUAUUAAUUAAUGGUGCCCAUGGUCUUCCAGAAAAUCUUGACGAGGGAAUAGUAUGGAUGAGAAGAGCACACGAUAAGGGACAUCCUCAAGCAUAUAGAAAAUUAGCUGCCCGUUUAAACUUUUUAAAAAAACCAAUUCCUGACGAUAUUUCAAAAUGGCUAAGUACUCAUAAUAGAUAA